CCAAGCAGAUGCUGCGGCAUGCACGGUGCAAUUAGCUAGCCUAGCACUAGCAGCUGCAGCGCCUGGCCUCCUCCCUCUCUCUCUGCCUCUUCCUUCGGCCAUCUCAGUAUACGGCUGAGAGAGAGAGAGAGAGAGAGAGAGAGAGAGAGACGGUGAGAGAUAACAUGGAAGAGAGAGGGGUUCCAGCAAUGGGGAGAACCUUGUUCCUGCCGCUGCUGUGGAUCGCCAUGCUGACGAGUGCUGCUCGCGUGGUGCAAUGUCUUCCUUACGACUACUCGUCCAGCUCUGAGUGCUUGCCGGAGCCGCUGGAGCCUCAGUACGGCGGCGGCAUCCUCCGGAACGCCAACUUCAGCGCGGGCCUCCAGGGCUGGUCGGCGUUCGGGUACGGCGCAGUGGAGGAAGGCCUGUCAGCGACCGGCAACGGCUACGGCGUGGCGCGGAACCGGACGCGGCCGUACCAGAGCGUCAGCCAGAAGGUGUACCUGCAGAACGACACGCACUACACCCUGUCAGCUUGGUUGCAGGUCAGCAAUGGUAGCGCCGAUGUCAGAGCCGUGGUGAAGACCGACGGCGAGUUCAUCCACGCCGGCGCCGUCGAAGCGCGGUCCGGCUGCUGGUCCAUCCUCAAAGGCGGCCUCACCGCGCCCGCAUCCGGGGCGGCAGAACUCUACUUCGAGAGCAACGCGACGGUGGACAUAUGGGUGGACAGCGUCUCGCUGCAGCCUUUCUCCCGGGAGGAGUGGGCGGCGCACCACCACGCGGCCAUCAAGUCGGCGCGCAAGAAGACGGUGCGGCUGCGCGCCAGGGACUCCGCCGGCAAGCCGGUGCCCGGCGCGCAGGUGCGCGUCGAGCACGUGCGGAGCGGCUUCCCGCUGGGGUCGGCCAUGAGCGCGGAGAUCCUGCAGAGCCCGGCGUACCAGCGGUGGUUCACGUCGCGGUUCACGGUGACCACCUUCGAGAACGAGAUGAAGUGGUACAGCACGGAGCGGGUGCAGGGCCGCGAGGACUACUCGGUCCCCGACGCGAUGCUCAGGUUCGCCAAGAGCCACGGCAUCGCCGUGCGCGGCCACAACGUGUUCUGGGACCAGCCGAGCCAGCAGCCGGCGUGGGUGCGGUCGCUGUCGCAGCGGCAGCUCCAGCAGGCGACGGCGCGGCGGAUCCGGUCGGUCAUGUCGCGCUACGCCGGGCAGGUGAUCGCGUGGGACGUGGUGAACGAGAACCUCCACUUCCAGUUCUUCGAGGACAAGUUCGGGUGGGACGCGUCGGCGGAGUUCUACCGCAGGGCGCACCAGAUGGACGGGCAGGCGCUCAUGUCCAUGAACGAGUACAACACGCUGGAGUGGCCCGGGGACACGUUGGCCGGGCCCAGCAAGUACCUGGGCAAGCUGUUCCAGAUCAAGAAGUUCCCGGGCAACGCCAACGACGCCAGGAUGGCCAUCGGCCUCGAGGGCCACUUCUCCGUGCCCAGCAUCCCCUACAUCCGCGCCGCGCUCGACACCAUGUCAAAGGCCAACGCGCCCAUCUGGCUCACCGAGAUCGACGUCGCGCCGGGGCCCAACCAGGCGCACUACCUGGAGCAGAUACUCAGGGAGGUGUACGCGCACCCGGCCGUGCACGGCAUCAUCCUCUGGACGGCGCGCCACCCGCAGGGGUGCUACGUCAUGUGCCUCACCGACGACAACUUCAGGAACCUCCCCACCGGCGACGUCGUCGACAAGCUCAUCGCCGAGUGGAAGACGCACUCGCUCGCCGGCGUGGCGGACGCCGACGGCUACUACGAGGCCGAGCUGUUCCACGGGGACUACAAGGUCACCGUCAGCCACCCGGUGGCCAACUCCACCGUGGUGCAGAGCCUGAGCAUCGACAGGGAGACCGACACUGAUAGCGAGUACACCAUACACGUCUAGCCGCCUUAGCUCCUAGAUAGCCUCCUUCCAAGGAGGAUCCAUAUAUACGCAUAUACACAUGUGCAUGAUUGUGGGUCUAGAGUCUAGGGUAUUGUGGUUUGUGAUGUCGUUAGUCAUAUACACAUACAUAUAUGUAUGGCGCCCGAGAGUGAGGCGAUCCAUGUGAUGUAUGUUCAUAUACAACAAAGGAGGAAUUCCAUUUGUUUCUUCGAUCAAUAUACAUACUUCCUUCUGUAGCUC